GUCGAGAAUGUGGUGAUGGGGAUCAACGGCCAAUUUCCAGGCCCAACCAUCCGAGCAAAAGCAGGAGAUACCGUUGAUGUUGAACUCACUAACAAACUCUCCACUGAGGGAGUUGUCAUUCAUUGGCAUGGAGUCAGACAGUUUGGAACACCUUGGGCAGAUGGAACUGCUUCCAUUUCGCAGUGUGUUAUCAACCCUGGAGAGACCUUUCAUUAUAGGUUCAAAGUUGACAGGGCAGGAACAUACUUUUACCACGGGCACUUUGGCAUGCAAAGAUCAGCGGGGUUGUACGGGUCUCUGAUAGUGGAGGUGGGAGAAGAAGGGAAAGAGCCAUUUUAUUAUGAUGGGGAGUUCAACCUAUUGCUUAGCGACUGGUGGCACCAAAGUGUUCAUCACCAAGAGGUUGGCCUCUCCUCCAAUCCUUUUCGUUGGAUUGGUGAACCUCAGACAUUGCUGAUCAACGGGCGAGGACAGUACAACUGUUCCAUGGCCGCCCAGUUUAGAAGGCCGGAAUCUUCCUCCUCCACGCAGUCUCAGUGCAAAUUCAGAGGAAACGAACAAUGCGCACCCCACAUCCUACGCGUGCGUCCAAAUAAGACCUACAGGCUCAGGGUUGCAAGUACUACUGCACUUGCUUCUCUCAACUUGGCCAUUGGGAAUCACAAAAUGGUGGUGGUGGAAGCUGACGGGAACUAUCUGCAACCGUUUUCGGUGGACAACUUGGACAUAUACUCUGGUGAAAGCUACUCAGUCCUGAUAACCACAGACCAAGACCCUUCCAAGAAUUACUGGCUCUCUGUAGGUGUAAGAGGAAGGCUUCCCGAGACUCCUCCUGGCCUUGCCAUUCUGAAUUACAAGCCAACUUCUGCAUCAAAGCUCCCAACUUCUCCACCACCGGUGACUCCUCGAUGGAAUGAUUAUAGCCAUAGCAAGGCCUUCUCUAAAAAGAUUUUUGCUCUGAUGGGGUCGUCAAAACCUCCUAAAAGUUAUGAACGUCGGAUCAUUCUGCUCAACACUCAAAAUAAGAUCAAUGGGUACACCAAGUGGGCUAUAAAUAAUGUCUCCUUAGCAUUACCACCCACUCCUUAUCUGGGCUCCAUAAAAUAUGGCCUGAAAAAUGCUUUCUAUAGAUAUAGCCCGCCGGAGAACUUUGAUGAAAAGUACGACGUGAUGAGUCCACCAACAAACCCUAACUCAACUAGUGGCAGUGGGGUUUACUUACUAAGUUUCAAUACCACAGUCGAUGUGAUACUUCAAAAUGCCAAUGCAUUGAGCGCAAAUGUUAGCGAAAUACACCCCUGGCAUUUGCAUGGUCAUGAUUUCUGGGUGUUGGGCUAUGGAGAAGGGAAAUUCUCAGUCAAGGAUGAGAAGAAACUCAACUUGAAGAACCCACCCUUGAGGAAUACUGCAGUAAUCUUCCCCUACGGAUGGACAGCCUUAAGGUUUUUGGCAGAUAAUCCAGGAGUGUGGGCCUUCCACUGCCACAUUGAGCCUCAUUUUCAUAUGGGUAUGGGUGUUGUGUUUGCUGAAGGUGUUCAUCAUGUGAAUAACAUACCUAAUGAGGCUCUCACCUGUGGUCUGACUGGGAAGAUGUUCCUGAGCAAGAACAAUUGA